AUGCUUGAAACUCACUGGGACAAGCCUCGUGUCUACAUAGGCUGUAUGAAAUCUGGGGAGGUCUUUUCUGAAGCGACCCAUAAGUGGUAUGAACCGGAUUGGUGGAAAUUUGGUGACGGGAAAUCAUACUUUCGACAUGCUUCUGGUGAAAUGUUUGUCGUAUCAAGGGUCGUGGCUCAGUUCAUUUCUAUAAACAGGUCUGUUCUCCGGACAUAUGCACAUGAUGAUGUUAGUGUUGGAUCGUGGAUGAUUGGGCUUGCUGUAAAGCAUGUAAAUGAAGCAAAGCUAUGUUGUUCAUCAUGGCCCUCAGGAGCCAUGUGUUCAGCUCUUUGA